UCUCGCGAGCAGCCGGCCAGCCGUCCAAGCCCAAAAAAUACAGCCCAAAAUCAAAAUGCCAAAUACAUCCGAGUCUCCACUGCCUCCCGACCACUGUCCACAGCGGCUCAGCAACUCAGCAAGGACGACGGCGCUAAUCGGCAGUCGACUCCAUCCGUUCCAUUUUCUUCAUCCAGGUACCAAAAUCUUCAUACUUUGUGAAGUUAAGCCUGAGUCUCAGUGAUGGUCGCUUUAUUUAGUUCUUGUGUGAAGAUGCAUGUGAGGCCCCACAAAUUAUAUCCCAACAUCCCCCAUGUCAGUGCUCCUUUUAGAUUGGCGACUAUUCGCUGCUAUGCCUCUACACCAAACAAACGCUACUCCAUCACUCUCCUUCCCGGUGAUGGUAUUGGCCCUGAAGUCAUCUCUGUUGCAAAGAACGCUCUACAACUCGUUGGCUCUCUGGAAGGACUUGAGUUUUCUUUCAAAGAGAUGCCUAUGGGAGGGGCAUCUAUUGAUAUGACUGGAGUGCCAUUGACUGAAGAGACUCUUUCAGCUGCAAAGCAAUCUGAUGCUGUUCUUCUUGGAGCUAUAGGAGGGUAUAAGUGGGACACCAACGAAAAACACUUGAAGCCAGAGACCGGAUUGCUUCAGCUUCGAGAGGGUCUUAAGGUAUUUGCGAACCUCAGACCAGCGUCAGUAUUGCCACAGUUGGUAGAUGCUUCAACACUGAAGAGAGAGGUUGCAGAAGGAGUAGACCUAAUGGUUGUAAGGGAACUUACUGGAGGUAUUUAUUUUGGAAAACCAAGGGGUUUUGACAGAAAUGAAUAUGGUCAUGAAAUUGGUUUCAAUACUGAAGUGUAUGCUUCUCAUGAGGUAGAACGGAUUGCUCGUGUGGCAUUUGAAACUGCGAAAAAGCGUAGAGGAAAACUUUGUUCAGUUGAUAAAGCAAAUGUGUUGGAGUCCUCUAUGCUUUGGAGAAGGAUUGUGACGGAGUUGUCCAAAGAAUAUCCCGAUGUUGAACUUUCACAUAUGUAUGUGGACAAUGCUGCAAUGCAGCUCGUUCGCAAUCCAAAACAGUUUGAUACAAUUGUAACAAACAAUAUAUUUGGCGAUAUUUUAUCUGAUGAAGCUUCAAUGAUUACUGGAAGCAUUGGGAUGCUUCCAUCUGCCAGUGUUGGAGAAUCGGGACCUGGAUUAUUUGAGCCAAUACACGGGUCUGCUCCUGAUAUUGCUGGACAGGAUAAAGCAAAUCCUUUAGCAACAGUGCUUAGCGCUGCUAUGCUUCUCAAGUAUGGUUUAGGAGAGGAGAAGGCUGCUCAGAGGAUCGAGGCAGCCGUUUUAGACACUCUAAAUCAAGGAUUCCGCACUAGUGAUAUAUAUGCUGCGGGAGAUGAGAAAUUAGUGGGAUGCAGGGAAAUGGGAGAAGAAGUGCUCAAGUCAAUUGGAAAAGUUCCUGUACCGCUCAGCUGAUGAAGAGAGCUUUUCCCUUUUGGGUAGGGUGUUAGGCUGAUACAGAAGAUCUUUUUGUAAUUUUAUAAUAAUCUCCCGAGUCCAGCAAGUGUUCUUUUUUCCGCCUUGGAUCUCAGGCUGUAUAAUAGGACCCUUGUGCAUCACGAGUAUGUACUAAGCUUGAAAAUUUAUGUGAUGAUUAUAAAGAAGCGUAUUCUUGUAAAUGCAUCUAUUCUUGUAUAUGCAUAUAUGCAUAAUGCAGAUGUGAUCAUAUGAAAUAGCAAGUGGCAAUUUUUGGGUCGUGGACUUUGGGAAG